CUGACGCUACAAAAAUCAAAAUGGUGGCAAAAUUGUUGUUUAUCUGUGGAUGAAAAAGUGCGGAGUGCGAGCCCGAAAUAAAUUUUGCGAUUUUCUGUUUAUUUUAUUGUCUCUUUCUUGAACAUAUUGUGUAAAGUAAAACAUUAUGGCGCGGAACAAAUCCCCGUCGGUGCCGUCAGAUAAGGAUAAAAAGAAGCCAAAGGACAAAAAGAAAAAGGGAGAUUCAGGAUCCAGUAGUAGUGAUAGCAGUGGCAGUUCGUCGGAGAGCAGCUCGUCGCGGUCGUCGUCGCGCUCGUCGUCGAGCAGCUCGGGCAGCUCGUCGCGCUCGUCGUCCAGCUCCAGCUCCUCCAGCAGCAGCAGCAGCAACCACCGCUCCAGACCUAAGAAGAAGACCUCCCCACACAAAAGUCCAAUCAAGGAUAGGCGUGAACCAGACAGAGAGAAAAUAAGAGACAGGUCACCCAUAGGAGAUAAGAAGAAAUUGUCAGCACCUUCAACUAAUGACAAAGCCAAGAGCAAGGACAAACAUGAAAGAUCGCCAGGCCGCAAAAAGCGCGAGCGUUCUCCGCCGCCUCGCCCCACCAGAAUACACAUCGGGCGACUGACACUGAACGUAUCUCGGGACCACAUCCACGAGAUAUUCUCCACGUACGGCGCGGUCAAAGCAGUGGAGUUCCCCAUGGACCGACUUCACCCGCACAACGGUCGCGGGUACGCUUAUGUGGAGUUCAGCAACCCUGACGAAGCAGAAAAUGCCAUGAAACAUAUGGACGGAGGACAAAUCGACGGGCAGGAGAUCACAGCGGCGCCCGUGCUGGUGCCGUCGCGCCCGCGCCGGCCCUCGCCGCGCGCGCCGCCGCGCCACCCGCCCAUGCGCCGACACUCACCGCCGAGGUACCGUCGGCGCAGCCCUCCGCCGCGCCGCCGCUCGCCGCCGCGCCGCCGCCGCUCGCGCUCGCGCUCCCCGCGCGCCGCGCCGCGCCGCCGCCGCUCCAGGUCCUCCUCCUCUUCCUCCCGGUAGACUCACACCCCACAGCGCACACUCCACACUCCACCGAUCAUACACAUACAUACUCAAUGUCGUGUUUUACCUAACAAGCAAACUAAAUAAAUAAAACCUUUAUUAUUAAUUAAAGGUUUUUGAGGUUAGCCCUGUUACACGUAUGCUUGUUUUUCAACGCGUAACGAGUCAACGCUUAAG